AUGGCUGCUCAAGAACUCGACCACGAGAUUGCGACCGAGAAUGAGAUAGUUGCUUUCUGUACGGAUGCAGGGAAUGCGCUGAUUGGCGGAAUUUCCCAUGGCAAUCAAGUCGUCAAAAUAUCGUCCAAAGCCGUUGUUAAAUUUGGCAUAGGUGUUAAACAAAAGGAGGGUAGAAAUCAAACCCGAGCCUACGAAUUAAUUGACCAAAAUAUCGUUUGCGUUCCCGUAGUCUACCGCUGUUUCAUGAGAGGAUAUGUUGGGUACAUAGUCAUGGAAUAUAUGAAUGGAAGACCACUUGAAAAACUCGAAGAGUCUUCUUUGAUCCAGAGAAUCAAGGAUAUCAUGGCUUAUCUUGCGACAAUACGUGGCUCCUCACCUGAAGUCUUCUUCGAAAAAUCAUACAGUCCCGUGCCUGGACCACUUUGUGGAGGGGCACCCGCUGGUCUUCUAUGGGACGAGAGCGAGGAAACCAUCUUCCAUACCAUUGAAGCUUUGGAAAGGUGGUUCAAUAGGAGAUUGAGAAAAGAGGACACCAAGGUCAGAUUUUCUGAUUAUGAAUUAGUACUGUGCCAUCUUGAUAUUGCACCUCGAAACUUCAUAUUGCUUGAUGAUGGAUCUAUAUCUCUUCUUGACUGGCAAUCAGCUGGAUUUUAUCCACGAAUUUUCGAAGUAUGCGUGUUUCAUCUGGCUUUCGGAGGCGAACAUUCUUUUGCUGAGGAUGUGGUGAAGCCGGCGGAUUGGAAUGAUGAGGAGCAAGCUGUCAUCGCUUCGAUGGGUAAAGCAUGGGGAAAUACCAUCAGGAACCACUUCAAGUCUCUGUUCUCUUUAGACCAGGACCAACAGAGUAUGAGCGAGACGAAUUUUCUUCUGCCUAGUGAUUAA